UAAUGUCUAUUUUUUUUGGCAAUCUGUCAGGACCUGAAAGCCACUUCUUCCGCCCGGGCCUGGUCUCUCCUCCUAGGAUCUGUUGCCAUCAUGUCGGCUGCGAUUGCAGCUCUGGCUGCUUCCUAUGGUUCGGGUUCAGGGUCCGAAUCGGGCUCGGACAGUGAGGGCGAGCGAUGUCCGCUGCCAGCCGCCGACUCCCUCAUGCACUUGACCAAAUCACCCUCGGCCAAGUCUUCCCUGGCGGUGGCGGUGGACUCGGCUCCCGAGGUGGCAGUUAAGGAGGAUUUGGAGACUGGAGUUCACCUUGACCCUGCUGUCAAAGAAGUUCAGUAUAACCCGACCUAUGAGACCAUGUUUGCUCCUGAGUUUGGACCAGAAAAUCCCUUUAGAACCCAGCAAAUGGCUGCCCCUAGGAAUAUGCUCUCUGGAUAUGCUGAACCAGCUCAUAUCAAUGAUUUUAUGUUUGAACAGCAAAGAAGAACUUUCGCCACAUACGGUUAUGCAUUAGACCCAUCAUUAGAUAAUCAUCAAGUAACUACUAAAUAUAUUGGCUCUGUAGAAGAAGCUGAAAAAAAUCAAGGUUUAACUGUUUUUGAAACUGGUCAGAAGAAAAUAGAGAAGAGAAAAAAGUUCAAAGAAAAUGAUGCGUCUAAUAUUGAUGGUUUCUUGGGACCUUGGGCAAAAUAUGUAGAUGAAAAAGAUGUUGCCAAACCUUCAGAAGAAGAACAAAAAGAAUUGGAUGAAAUCACAGCAAAGAGGCAGAAAAAAGGCAAACAAGAGGAUGAGAAACCUGGAGAGGAAAAGACAAUCUUGCAUGUUAAAGAAAUGUAUGACUAUCAGGGGAGGUCCUAUCUUCACAUACCUCAGGAUGUUGGUGUCAAUCUACGAUCAACUAUCCCACCUGAGAAGUGUUAUCUUCCAAAAAAACAAAUUCAUGUGUGGUCUGGACACACAAAGGGUGUCAGUGCAGUCAGAUUAUUUCCUCUGUCUGGCCACUUACUGCUGUCCUGUUCCAUGGACUGUAAAAUCAAGUUGUGGGAGGUUUAUGGAGACAGACGGUGUCUGCGAACAUUUAUUGGUCACAGUAAAGCUGUCAGAGACAUUUGCUUUAAUACUGCAGGGACUCAGUUCCUCAGUGCAGCUUAUGACAGAUACCUUAAACUCUGGGACACCGAGACAGGACAAUGUAUAUCAAGAUUUACAAACCGAAAAGUACCAUACUGUGUCAAAUUUAAUCCUGAUGAAGAUAAGCAAAAUCUCUUUGUGGCUGGAAUGUCUGAUAAAAAGAUUGUGCAAUGGGACAUUCGAAGUGGAGAAAUUGUACAGGAAUAUGAUCGGCAUUUGGGAGCUGUCAACACCAUUGUUUUUGUUGAUGAGAAUAGGAGAUUCGUGAGCACAUCUGAUGAUAAGAGCUUAAGAGUUUGGGAAUGGGACAUCCCUGUGGAUUUUAAGUAUAUAGCAGAACCCAGUAUGCACUCUAUGCCUGCAGUGACUUUAUCUCCAAACGGGAAAUGGCUAGCAUGCCAAUCAAUGGAUAACCAAAUCUUAAUAUUUGGAGCACAGAACAGAUUUAGAUUAAAUAAGAAAAAAAUAUUUAAAGGCCACAUGGUUGCAGGUUAUGCCUGUCAAGUGGACUUUUCCCCAGACAUGAGCUAUGUAAUUUCAGGAGAUGGGAAUGGAAAAUUAAACAUCUGGGACUGGAAGACCACAAAACUCUACAGUCGGUUUAAAGCUCAUGAUAAAGUGUGUAUAGGUGCUGUGUGGCACCCUCAUGAAACAUCUAAAGUCAUAACAUGUGGCUGGGAUGGUCUUAUUAAAUUGUGGGAUUAACAGGAUUAAUCCUCACUAUCUAGGAUCAUUUUUGAUCCAACAAAAUAUUUAUAUUUAAUUUGUAUAUGUGUUGGACAACAACUUGAUUUACAGAUUAUGAUUUCCUUACAUGGCCAUAUGAAGUUGAACUGUUGUUUUAAGAAACAGAAAAACUUUGUAAAUUUGGUUCAUUUUUUCAUUGUUCACUUCAUUUUGUUCUUUGUAAUGUUAUUUAUACCAAGGAUAACCUGGGAUAACCUUAACUUUGUAUUUGAGAAGUAGUUUUGGUUUGGCAUUUUGGAUUUAUCCCUCCAGUGGACUAUAAGGAUCUUUUUGGAGUCAAAAAAAGAAUGCUUGAUGGAUAUGGCAUUGCAAAGGAGGUGACAGAUCAGAAAGUUACCAUGUUCCUGCCUUUUUAGCAGUAAGAGCAUUAAGGAACAAGAGUGUUCUAAUUUCGUCUUAGUCUGAAAGGAGUAAACCACCCCCAAUCACUCUCAAGUGGAUCAAGUUCUAACUUGGAUUCAACUGUUUCUAACGACCUGUUGUAUAUUUUCAAUUGUGAGACAGGAAUCUUCCUCACAGUUUUGAUUUUUGAUUGCAGCAUUCCUCUAGUUAUUAAACAGUGUAAAAUAAAAAUCAGAGUUCUUUCCUUGAUUCUUUUUCUUGAUCAGUGUAGACAAUUUAUGUAUAUGUAUAUAUGUUGAAGCAGAGAUUUACAGUAUUUUUGAAGCUGGAACUCAAGAUUGAGCCAAGAGUUUUGAAUAUACUUGUAUUUACUGUCAGUAAGGACCUGGCUACACGUUAAGAUAUUAACUCCUCCUAGGUCAUUGCUUUGCAGAUACUACUACUGAAAUACUCCUCAUAGGAGAUAGAGUAUGAGGGCAGAGUCCAAAACAUCAUCUUGUCAUUUCUUUUAAGUUGUCUAUUUUAUUAGAGAAUUAUUUUAUUUGGCUUGUAAAUAUAGUCCACAGAUUUUUUUUUAAUUUUUUUUUUUAAUUAGAAAAAUACUCAGCUUCUUUUCAAAUCUUGAGUAAAAUGACAGUCCAGUAAAUGAGAGGCAAGGGUUUCCCCCGUUAAGCAGUUUGGAAAGAAAAAAGAAGUUUUCAAAUGUCUGAUUGUGAAAUCCAACUAAGUGUCUUGAACAGGUAGACAAGAAACCGGAGUUUGACAAGCCAUAUCUCGUUUUUUAUUACCAAUCUCUAUCUGAUAUUUGGGUGUGGGUUAACAUAUUUUGGUACUACACUGAAAAAAGAUAGUUGCAUAGUUACUCAGAGCACUUCUGACUUGGGGGCCAAGAUCAUGGUGAGUGUUAAUACCCUGAGGGCAUUAGCUCUGAAGCCUGUACUAGUUUUAGCAGUUCAGGAGAACUUCCCUUUGGGGAAAAAAUUUUUAUUAUCUUCAAAAAGGCCUUUUCUAGAAGAGCAGGCUCUAUAGCCCCUCUCCCUCCACCCCCAAAAAAAUUUUUUUAAAUGUGGUAGAAAUGGAUCAUCGGACACAAAGGUUUUCAUCAAACUAGGAGUACAUUGCUAGCUGCUGUUAUUUCUGUCUGCUGCAAAAGUGUGACUGCCAUUCCCAGAGAAGGAAAUAAUUCCAGUAAAACUGUUCUUUCAUCCCAAGUACUGGUCAUAAAUGUGAAUUACCGAAAUGUGAUUGGACAAGAAGAAUUAAUCAUCUAUUGGAAUGAUCUUAUUCACCGUCAGUAUUGUGUAUCUUACAAAUCAUAGUUCCUUAAGUUGGGUUUAUUUUAUCAUGUCUUGAAUGUUUCUAAACUAAGUCACUGUAUAUAAGUCAUCUUUUUUUUAAAGAUCAUAUUUUUAAAUAAAGCGUUUUUUGUAGAAAGUGUUACCAGAA